UACAAAAAGCGAACAAGUCAUUCCGUUUGAACGCACUCUGCAAUAAAAUGUGGUGGAAAAACCUUUUAAUUUUCUUAACGAUUUUGACGAUUUCCUACUGUGAUAGUGCUAACAAUAAUUACAGCCUGAAUGUGUACAAGAAAAAGCCCUACAAAGGCCAUUUUUACUACCAUUUACUCUAUGGUGGGAUUUUAUAUUACUUGGUGUUCAUUGCAUUAAAAGUGAAAAUAGCGAUAGUUCUGGGUACAAUUUUGACUCUAAUAAUGGUCGCUGGCAAAUUUUUUGCCCUAAUUAAAUUCGCCGAAUUUUCAAAAACGAGUGUCCCAAAGCCGGAGAAAAUUUAUAUUCAGCCCGGGUUUAAUCACGGACCGCCGAAACAAGCAUUUUCUUCACACUUUUCCGACAUAUCAGUCGAUAAAUUACCCCCAAAUGCGCAAAUUGCUGGAGGGCCUUAUUCAUACCCACCAGAGCAACAAUUUUCCAUGGACAGGCCUUUUUCGCACUCACCGUAUUCAGACCAAUUUUCCGUAGAUAAAUUACCACCGAACGCCGAAAUUGCCGGGCCUUAUUCGUACCCGUCGCCCUAUUCUGGGCAUUUUAAUGACGUAACGGUGGAUAAAUUACCGCCAAAUGCGGUGGUUGCAUCAGGGGGGCCGUAUUACGACUCGCUGCCCCCACAACACUAUUAAUUAUAAUUAACUUAUUCAUUUCUUUAAACAAAAACUCAAUAAAUUAGCAAUUAUAUUUACGUGUC